AUGGUGGGCUCCAGUGGCAAUGAAUCCAGUGCCACAUAUUUCAUUCUAAUAGGCCUCCCAGGCUUAGAAGAGGCUCAGUUUUGGUUGGCCUUCCCACUGUGCUCCCUCUACCUUAUUGCUGUGAUAGGUAACUUGCUGAUCAUCUACAUUGUGCGGACUGAGCACAGCCUACAUGAGCCAAUGUAUAUUUUUCUUUGCAUGCUUUCUGGCCUUGACAUCCUCAUUUCCACCUCAUCAAUGCCCAAAAUGAUGGCCAUCUUCUGGUUCAAUUCCACUACCAUCCAGUUUGAUGCUUGUUUGAUACAAAUGUUUGCCAUCCACUCCUUAUCUGGUAUGGAGUCUACAGUGCUACUGGCUAUGGCCUUUGACCGCUAUGUGGCCAUCUGUCACCCACUACGCCAUGCAACUGUACUCACGUUGCCUCGUGUUGCCAAGAUUGGCAUGGCUGCUGUGGUACGAGGUGCUGCACUAAUGGCGCCUCUUCCUGUUUUCAUAAAACGACUGCCUUUCUGCAGAUCCAAUAUUCUUUCGCAUUCCUACUGCCUUCAUCAAGAUGUCAUGAAGCUGGCCUGUGCUGACAUCCAUGUCAAUGUCAUCUAUGGCCUCAUUGUCAUCAUCUCUGCCAUUGGCCUGGAUUCACUUCUCAUCUCCUUCUCAUAUCUGCUUAUCCUUAAGACUGUGUUGGGGUUGACACGUGAAGCCCAGGCAAAGGCAUUUGGCACUUGUGUCUCGCAUGUAUGUGCCGUUUUCAUAUUCUAUGUACCUUUCAUUGGAUUGUCUAUGGUGCACCGCUUUAGUAAGCGACGUGAUUCUCUGUUGCCCGUCAUUAUGGCCAACAUCUAUCUGCUGGUUCCUCCUGUGCUCAACCCCAUCGUCUAUGGAGUCAAGACAAAAGAGAUCCGGCAGCGCAUCCUUCGUCUCUUCCACAUGAUCACACAUUCUUCAGAUGCCUAG